AUGGGGAGCGGUGCCUUUGCCCUGGUCCUUGCCCUGGCUCUAGGGGCACAUGCCACCAUUGCAGAGAGGAAGUGCCUCCUGUCUGGGUCGUGGCGGAGCGACACGGGCUGCCGGAUGGUCGUGUCUGCCCUUGGUCAGGACGGCAGCUUCUCCGGAUCCUACCUGCCAGGUCCUGCUGCUGGCAACUCCGAAAUGCUCACCUCGCCACUGGAGGGGUCUCAGCAGGACGUGGGGCUGGUCCCACAGCCCACCUUCUCCUUCACCGUGCACUGGCAGCUCCGAGACUUGGAGGCAGUCCGGACAACCACCUUCCUGGGCCAGUGUUAUGUGGACACCAGUGGGAAGGAGACUCUGCAGGCCCUGUGGCUUCUGCGAGAGGCGACGAAGAGCCCCGAGGAGGACUGGAAAGCCACACGGAUUGGCACCAGCUUUUUCACCCGGAUAAAAUGA